CAAAUAUCAAACCUUGUAAACGGUACAUCAUUUUGAUAUAAAUUCUAAUCUAAUAUUCCGAUCAAAAAAAAAAAAUAUAUGGAUAGCCAAUUUAUUGUCGUAAAACAAACGGCCAGGACGACGUCGACUUGCUGCCGGCUGUGCCUGCUCAACAGUUCCGAUCUCCAGCCGAUACCGGAUCUGACGGUCGAUUCGCAUGGACCCAACGAACCAGUUCCGCCGCCUCUGUCCCAACUUAUUGCCCGUUACCUGUCGAUUGAGUCUCUAAUCGAAAGUACAAUCACAACCUACAUCUGCUCCGACUGUCGGAACACGAUCUCCAAGUGGCACUGGUUCCGAGAAUCCUGCCUCCAGAAUGAUGGUGUCUUCCAGAAGAUGGCCCAAGAUCCGGGAAAGGACGAUGACGCGGGGCAGAUUGAUGAGUACUACGAUGUUGAGGUGAAACAGGAACAGGAGCUCGAUAUCUUCGAAGAAGAUUCUGAAGAGAACCUGUUGACGGAGCAACUGGACCCAUCUCCGAGAAGCGUAUUGGCAAAGGGAAAAGAAGCAGAGUCAACGGCUAAGAAAAAGGUUGGACGGCCUCGAAUUCCGGAGAGUGAAAGGAAGCUAAAGGGGUUGCAACCGUGCACACUUUGUGGUAAACUGGUAAAGAACAUGUCCGGUCACUUGAAUGUUCACAACCAGGACAGAAGCAUCCAGUGCCCCCAUUGCCCUUUGAGUUUCUCCAGCAAAAACAAUUGGGACAAACACGUCAACGUUCACACAAAAGAAAAGAAAUACACCUGCUCGGUGUGUGACAAAUUUUUCCUGCGAAGUGAUACCCUCAAGCAGCACGAAAAAUCCCACUCGGAAGAGCGAACCUACAAGUGUCCGUACUGCCCGAGAGCGUACCGGAUGCGAACUGGACUGGUUGCACACCGGAGAACUCACACCGAGGCGCCGAACUUCCCGUGUAAUGGAUGUGAGAAAAAGUUUUAUACAAAGAGUCAAUUGUACAAACACGCCGUCACGCACUUGAAGGUUAAACCGUUCGUUUGUAAAAUUUGCAAUCGUGGGUCUACUACAAAGUACGGUCUGAGAAUGCACAUGGAGAAACAUCAUCCGAAUCGCGAAGAGUCGGAUGAAAAGCAUCCCAUCGGUGCUGGUGACAGUGAUCACGAGUAGAUUGUUGCCGAUUAAGCUUAAGAGGAUAUCGACGUACGGAGUUCAUUAAAUUUUGGUCAAAAAUAU